AUGACCUCGGAAGUCGGCUGGCGGGCACUGGCAGGGGCACUGAAACGGCAUGCGGGUGGCGACCCACAUCCUGAGGUCCAUUCAAUCCUGGUCACUGCACAGGUCGGCCUUGGUGCUGCUGCAUGGGUUGUCGACCAGACUGAGACGGCCGGCGGUCUCGUCGCUCACUGCCACCCGUCCGAGGUCUUCGCUGGCUUUCCGGGCGAUGUGCGGCGCGGGCUGGCGCAUGCAGUCCAUGCUGCUGGUGUGAAGGCACUUGAAGGUCUCCCGGUUGUGCUUGUAGUCCACGACGUCGAGCUGCUGGCGCCCGGGAAGCGGAGGGCCGCAAGCGCACCCGAUCGUGAUGAGCUUCUCACCGAGCUCGGCCUCGUGGCGCUGAUCCGGGCUGCGCCCUCAUCGGAUGUUCUGCUCGUGCUCAUUGCCGAGAGCACUGCUCUUGUUUCGCGUCGCGUUGUCUCGUCUGUGAACGUGGUCAUUCCGCUCGCCGCCAUGCCCGGCCCGAUGCGGAUGACCCGGGCACUCGCCGAUGCCGCCGCCGCCGGGCUCGAGUGUCCGGACACGCCUUCGACGAGAUGCGCACUGAGCGCGGUCUCGCAGGGAUAUGUCUUUGACGACUUGCGCCAGGGCGUCCGCAAUGCGGCGCUUGACUGCGCCAUGGCAAGUUGCUCGCGUGACGCCCACCUCGGCGCCGUCUGCACCGCGCUGGAGCGCGUCACCCCGCUGUCGCAGUAUGACGCACCGGUCUCUGUCCCAAACGUCUCAUUUGACGACAUCGGUGGUCUCGACCGCGCCAAAGCCUUGCUUGGUGAUGUCGUAGCCGAGGUCAAGGCUGCAGCCUCUGCCCGUGACAUUGGCGAUGGGCCGGGCGGCUUUGCGCGCGGCGUUCUGCUCCACGGCCCGCCGGGCACCGGCAAGACCAUGCUUGCCAAGGCUUGCGCUUCUGCGCUCGGCGCUUCGUUUCUCGCAGUUCCAAUGUCUCGCAUUCUGGUUGGCUUUGUGGGUGCGUCGGAAAAGGCGCUGGCGAGCUUGUUUGCCGUUGCACGCUCCGCAGCGCCGUGCCUGGUCUUCUUUGACGAGCUGCAGGCAGUGUUUGGCGUCCGCGGUGCGUCCAAAGCGAGUGCGUCGGACAACAACCUCGUCACGCUCCUGCUUACCGAGAUGACGGCCUCUGCCCCACAUGGCGUUUUGGUUGUCGGCGCAACUAACGUGCUGGCCGGCAUCGAUCCUGCGCUCCUCACACCGGGCCGCUUCGACAUUAGCAUUCUGGUUGAUACGCCGGGCCCCGCCGACCGCGCAGCCAUCCUCAGCGGCAUCCUCGCAGCCAUGCCGUGCGCUGCAGGCCUUGACUUGACAUCGCCCCGGUUCGAUGCCAUUGUGACCGCAACAGACUCCGCCUCGGGCGCGGAUCUCCACGGCCUCGUCCACGCUGCCGGUCUUGCGGCCCUCCUCCGCAACGUCGUCUCUCCCACGCUCACCUACGACGAUCUCGAUGCUUCCAUUGCCCGUUCAGCGCUUCUCCACUCCAGCUGA